GCGCUGCGAUCUGACUGGGGAGACCAUUUCCUCUUCCAGGCCUUCAGAGAGAUCGCCGAGCAGAGAGUCCACGGAGCGUUUCGUUACAGCCCUGUCCCGGACUGGCUCAUUUCCCCGAGACCCGAGCCCGGACGCCCCGCAGACCGAGGAGUCGUCCUCAUGGGAGCGCAUCCCUGAUCUGCAGCAACAUCUGGUCCAACCGCAAAGUGGUCUCGUUUACGCUCCCAUGGUACCUGCUGACCAGUGAGCCCGAGUGUGGACGCCCCCCCCCCCCCCCCCCACCCUGCGUCAUGUCUGGGGUCCAGGUGCCGUGGUCCACUGGCACAGAGUGUGUAGCUAAGUACAACUUCCAGGCCACCAACGAACAGGACCUCCCCUUCGCCAAGGGAGACGUGCUGACCAUCAUCGGAGUCACCAGGGAUCCGAACUGGUACCGAGCGAGGAACACGGGGGCCAGAGAGGGCACCAUCCCGGCCAACUAUGUCCAGAAGAGAGAAGGCGUGAAGUCAGGAGGAAAGCUCAGCCUCAUGCCGUGGUUCCAUGGUAAGAUCACGAGGGAGCAGGCUGAGCGGCUCUUGUACCCCCCGGAGACGGGCCUGUUCCUGGUGAGGGAGAGCACCAACUACCCGGGCGACUACACCCUCUGCGUCAGCUGCGACAGCAAGGUGGAGCACUACCGCAUCAUCUACCACAACGGCAAGCUCAGUAUCGACGAGGAGGAGUUCUUUGGCAACCUCAUGCAGCUCGUGGAGCACUACACCAAAGACGCCGACGGCUUGUGUACCAAGCUGAUCAAGCCCAAGCUGAUGGAGGGAACGGUGGCGGCGCAGGACGAGUUCUCCAGGAGCGGCUGGUCUCUAAACAGGAAAGAGCUGAAACUCAUCCAGACCAUCGGCAAAGGAGAGUUCGGAGACGUCAUGGUUGGAGACUACAGGGGGACCAAGGUGGCGGUGAAGUGCAUCAAGAACGACGCCACGGCGCAGGCCUUCAUCGCUGAGGCCUCCGUCAUGACACAGCUGAGGCACAACAACCUGGUGCAGUUGCUCGGGGUGAUAGUGGAGGAGCGGGGCAGUCUCUACAUCGUCACGGAGUACAUGGCCAAGGGCAGUCUAGUGGACUACUUGCGGUCCAGAGGACGGACCGUCCUGGACGGGGACUGCCUACUCAAGUUCUCCCUUGACGUGUGUGAGGCCAUGGAGUACCUUGAGGCCAACAACUUCGUCCACCGGGACCUGGCGGCGCGCAACGUGCUGGUGUCAGAUGAGCACAUCGCCAAGGUCAGCGACUUCGGUCUGACCAAGGAGGCGUCGUCCACGCAGGACACGGCAAAGCUGCCCGUCAAGUGGACCUCUCCCGAGGCCCUCCGAGAGAAGCGCUUCUCCACCAAGUCGGACGUCUGGAGUUAUGGGAUCUUGCUGUGGGAGAUCUAUUCCUUUGGGCGCGUGCCUUAUCCCAGAAUUCCGCUGAAGGACGUGGUGCCCCGGGUGGAGAAGGGCUAUAAGAUGGACGCCCCUGAGGGCUGCUCGCCGGUGGUGUACGACCUGAUGAAGCAGUGCUGGACCCUGGACGCGGCCGUGCGGCCCAGCUUCCACAUGCUGGGGGAGAAGCUCAAGCACAUCCGGGCCAAGGAGCUGUACCUGUGAGGAGGAGGAGGAGGUGGAGGAGGAGCAGGAGGUGGAGGAGACCGGACGUAGCCCGGCACAGCACUACCUGUAACCACGCUGUUGCCCCGUGGGGACUCCCUCCCUCCCUCCCUCCCUCCCCCCUCUCUCUCUCCCCGGCAAACCCCUGCCUGUUAGCCGUCCCCCCUCUGCUUCCAUUAGCAACGAAGAGACUGUUUUUCCUGUCGGUGUCGUAUAGCUUCAGCCAGGAGGGUGCCCCAAGCUCGGAGAGGGGGUCACCGUGCUUCUCUCUCUCUCUCUCUCUCUCUCUCUCUCUCUCUGUCUCUCUGUCUCUCUGUCUGUGUGCGCGCGCACGCGCAUCACUCUUCUUCACUCACUCCAGGCUGAUCUUCUUUUUGGAUCAAGGUGUUUUUUUUAAGUUGUGCUGCACUCCUCCCUCCUCUUGUGGACACGGCGUUGAAGAUGAGGAGGAGGGGAGGCUGGCCUUUUCUUCCUCCACCACAUGCCCGGGGCCCCUAGCUCUGCCUCCAUCUCCCCCACAGCCCCACGUGCCAAGACAUGCCGCUGCAUGCUUACAAUGUCCCCUACUACAGCUCCCCCCAUGCAGUCCCUCAGUCCAGACACCAUCAACACCCCCUGCGUUGUGUGUGUGUUUGUAUGUCCAGGUGUGUGUGCGUCCAGAUGUGUGUGCGUGUGUGUGCGUCCAGGUGUGUGUCCAGGUGGGGGCCUUCUCGCUGAGCCAAAGUGCCUCCAGUCCAGAGCAUCAGACUUCCCUCGCUCGCCCAUCAGACGAUUCGCUCGUUCCUUUUUUUAAGUUCAUUAUUUUUUAUGGAUCUUUUUUCAUUGUGUUGUUGUUCUUCUGUUGUGUCACGGCUGAUCAGGGACGUUUAUCGAUGAGCUCCCCCCCCCUCCCCCUCUCUAUCCCUUGCUCCUCCCCCGUUAAAGAGAGCAUCCACAGGGAGACAGGGGAGAGAUGGGGGAGGCGUCCCGCCGGCCGCCAUGUUGGAUCCCUGGGGGUGAGGGACGGGGGGGGAAAUACUGUUCACUAAUGCGGUCAAGUCGUUAAAUGUGGGCUUUUUAUAUUAAAAUAUAUUUAAAGGAUUAAAAAAAAAAAACUACUCAAAGUGAACAAGGAAAAGACAAAAAACUGACUGAGAACGGACAUCUGAAGGACUUGGGAGGGGGUGGGGGGGUCCCGGAAGCAGGGGGGGUAUGCUGGGUGACUGUCUCCGGGACGUCCUGGGCGGGUGGUGCAUGCUGAGUGGGGGAGGGCUUGGGUUCAAACGUCAGUGCUUUCAAUGUUCAUUGUUUUAUUAUGCUACCAUGAUUAUGAAUAAAUCAUUCCAUCUGAA